CUGGGCUUUUACUUAUUUUUACCCUUUCGUCUAAGGAAAAUUUUUAGAUUACAAACGAGAGAGCAUAUAAAUAAUUAAAAUGAAAAGAAUAACCAUUGGAGCGCAUUUGGGGAGGUCAAUCUACAAUAUACCGUAUCUGAGCCAAAUACCGACUCAUCGCAUUUGGAUGUCUGGAUUAAAUUUGGCCCAAGCAAAUGCUAUGCGUCUACCGAUUGGGGCUUGGAAGGGGACACAGAUUUCUACACCGUCUUUUAUACAUGGGGUAAAUGGUGUUAUGAUGUCAAAGAAAGCGUCUACCAAAAGUGGUCCUCCGAAAGGAAAUCAUCCUGCAGGAGAUGCUCCAAAAGGUGCUGGCCCUCCCAAGGUAGAUCCACCCAAUAGUGGCGGUCCACCCAAAGUUGAUCCCCCAAGGACGGGUGGCCCUCCAAAGCAAGCCAAGGGAGCUAAGCCACCACCUCCACCCAAGACACCACCGCCUGGGACGCCACCACCACAGACCAAAACCAAGUUUGGCCCGCUAGCUGAUGCAGAUCGUAUCUUUAACAAUCUUUAUGGUCGCCACGAUUGGCGUUUGAAAGGCGCUCAAAAACGUGGAGAUUGGUACAAGACCAAAGAGAUUCUCCAGAAGAAUCACUUGUGGAUUAUCAACGAAAUGAAGACGUCGGGUUUGCGUGGACGUGGUGGUGCUGGUUUUCCCAGCGGUCUUAAGUGGUCCUUUAUGAACAAGCCGCCAGAUGGAAGGCCUAAAUUUUUGCUAGUCAAUGCCGAUGAAGGAGAACCGGGCACUUGUAAGGAUCGCGAGAUUUUACGCCAUGAACCGCAUAAAUUGGUCGAGGGUUGCCUAAUAGCUGGCCGUGCCAUGGGAGCCAAUACUGGAUACAUCUAUAUCAGGGGCGAAUUCUACAACGAGUGCUGCAAUUUGCAAUAUGCCAUCACCGAGGCCUACAAGGCAGGUUUUCUGGGCAAGAAUGCUUGUGGAUCGGGAUUCGAUUUCGAUCUUUAUGUACAUCGUGGAGCUGGCGCCUAUGUUUGCGGCGAGGAGACUUCUCUCAUUGAAUCACUAGAAGGAAAGGCGGGCAAACCACGCAAUAAACCUCCAUUUCCGGCAGAUGUUGGAGUAUUCGGUUGUCCCUCCACUGUGACGAAUGUCGAAACGGUGGCCGUUGCUCCGACAAUCUGUCGUCGUGGUGGCAAAUGGUUCGCCAGCUUUGGACGCACUCGAAACUCGGGGACAAAACUCUUUAACAUAUCCGGUCAUGUUAAGAACCCGUGCACCGUUGAGGAGGAGCUAUCAAUGCCGACGCGUGAAAUUAUCGAGAGACAUGCUGGCGGAGUUUUGGGCGGUUGGGACAAUCUUUUGGCCAUUAUCCCGGGAGGAUCAUCUACACCCUGCAUCCCUAAGGAAUCAGCCAGCAUAGCAAUUCAUGAUUUUGACGGACUUAUGGCUGUUCGCUCAUCCAUGGGCACUGGCGCCAUUAUAGUGAUGAACAAGCAGACGGACAUUAUCAAGGCAAUCGCACGACUCGCAGCCUUCUACGAGCAUGAAAGCUGUGGUCAGUGUACACCCUGUCGCGAGGGUUUACAUUGGGUUAAUAUGAUCAUGCAACGUUUUGUCACAGGACAGGCCAAACCCAGUGAGAUUGAUAUGCUAUGGGAAAUCACCAAACAAAUUGAGGGUCAUACUAUCUGCGCUCUGGGCGAUGGUGCCUCAUGGCCACCACAGGGUCUUAUACGCCACUUUCGCCCACUAAUCGAGGAGCGUAUGAAGGAACGUGAAGCUUGCGAUAAGGCUGAAGCUGCCGCCGCCGCUGCCUCCGUUUCCUAGUUAUUGUCACUUUACAUUAUAUAUUUAUUUCUGA